AUGAAAAUCUUUCAUCAUCAAACAACAAAAUCACAUCAGAAAAUAAUCGGACUCAAACACUUUCAGACUUCUGACAUGUUAGCUGAUAUUAUGGCAAAUCCAUGGCGAGUGGAAGACUCGGAUGGCGAGGAAGAGAUUGAUCACCGAUUGUAUCGACGUAUUUCAUUUACAACACAGAAUUCACUACCAAAUAUGUUAACAAGACAACGUAUACCGAAAAUAGUCGAUUGGGAUCCGAUUAUAACUGAGGAUAGACAUAAAAGAAAAUUUGGACGCAAUCGAACAGCACCAUCAUUUGAAAAAGCACCUUCCGAUCGCAAGCCAAUCUUCUCUGGUACACGAGCCGUCAAACUAUCUCAUUCCUUCCUAGAACCACGUGGAUAUGCUAAACCUAUGAUCGUCAAUGCUCCUGAUACACCUCCAGCUUCACCACCAAACGAUAAUUCAACUUUCGAUCCACUUUUACUUAUUCAAGAACAUCUAAUUGAUUUCAUUUAUUCACCCAUCCCAAAACGUCAUUCAUCAUUCAUCCAUUGUUGUCUUCGUCGUGAUAAAACUGGUAUUCAAAAAGGAUUUUAUCCAACAUUUUAUCUCCAUUUCGAACGGCCAUCCGAUGGCAAAAAGAUAUUCUUAAUGACAGCACGAAAAGUCGCUCGACUAGAUCGACAAAGCGAAUAUGUCAUCUCAACAAAUAUCGAAACGUUGUCCAAAAAAGCCGGUGGCGAUGGCUGUAUUGGAAAACUACGAGAAAAUAAUGUCACUGGGACUGAAUAUACAUUGUAUGAUAACGGGCAAAGUCCGAGCAAAUACAAACCUAAAAACUCAAUUGAUAAAAAUGGCUUACGACGUGAACUAGCUGGAAUUGUCUAUAAUAGCAAUAUGUUUGGUUUGAAAGGCCCAAGACAAAUGAAAGUUUUGCUACCUGAAUUUGGCCAUGAGAUUCGACCUACAGAAGCUGAAGAUACAAUUCUCGAUCAAUGGCGAGAUCGCAAUUUUAAUUCUUUAGUGCAAUUAAAUAAUCGAGUACCCACAUACAGUACAGAAACCAAAAUGCAUAUGCUUCAGUAUUUCAGUAAUCGCGCUGUUCGACCAUCCAAGAAAAACUUUCAAAUCAUCGUUGAAAAUCAAAAUCAUGAAGCAGAAAUUGCCAUGCAGUUCGGUCGUGUAGACGAUGAUACAUUCAUUUGUGAUUAUCGAUAUCCACUUUCUGCAAUACAAGCAUUUGGCAUUGCACUCAGCUCGUUCGAUAAGCGUAUUGCGCGUGAUUAA